AUAGUUUUGUAAGCCCAGGGUCAGCCUUCCGAGACCAGGUCCACCAGGAUGCUGGGGAGGAUUCUGGGCCGUGGUCCAGUGGGGUGGUGCAGGUGGGGGGCUCACCUACACCCCUGGGACCUCCAUGCUGUUCCACAACUGCUGUGCUGUGCCAGAGGGAACAGAGCCAGGGUUGCGCAGGGUGCAGUGCUGCAGACAGCUGCUCCAGGCUGGUCUUCCCACCAAGGAGCUGCUUGGUGCCCACUGCAGAUGAGGUUUCUGCACCAAAUUCCUCGCCCUGCAUUCAAAAAUGAAAGAAGGCCUACAGAUUUUGACAAAAAGGUGUUGGUGUGGGCAGGACGCUUUAAAAAGGAGGAGGACAUUCCCAAGUACAUAACGUCUGAGGUUUUGGAUGCAGCAAGGAACACUGUGAGGAUAAAGGUUUGCUACAUCAUGAUUGCACUGACCUUGCUGGGUUGCUUGGCCAUGGUCAUCACAGGCAAAGAGGCUGCUAAAAAGGAUCACACGCUGCUGAGAAUGAAUGAAGAGAAGAAGGCUAAAUGGAGGGCUGAAGCAGAGAAAGAUCACGAGGCAGCUGCUGUGAAGGCACAAUGAUCAGGAACAGCUUCAUUUAAAGUGUCACCAAACUCCGAGAUGAUGCUUAAUGGGAGAGAUCCUCGAAAUAUUGAAAGUUCCAUUUUCAUAAAGUCAUUAAACUUUAAGACAGACCUCAGCUUA